AUGGACGACCAUGAGCCAGAUUGGAACGCCGCCUCCCCCGGGGAAGAGGGCGAUCUCAGGAGCAUCUCCAUGAAUACCACCGAGAAUGUCCCCACUCUUUCCGAAGCCGGUGCUCUUGAGCACAACAGUUAUUGGCUUCAGACAGCUUCUCCGACCCCUUUCGGGGUCAGCACAACCGAUCAAGUAGACGGCUUUCACGGCAUUUUUAAUGCCUUCCAAAGCUCUCAACUCGUCGACGCAGCAAGAGUGGAAGCCGAGGCUCUGCCGGGACAUACUCCACCACUUUCUUGUGAUAGUUUAUGCAACCCGAACCGAGCGGAAGUGAGCGGAAGCGGAAGCAAAAGAAAGAGCGAUUUCGAAAUGGACAACCUGCGGCGAUGCGUAAGCGCCGAACACAGCAAACGGGACGCUGAUCAUGGGGCGCGUGAAGAAUUGGAGGAUCAAAGGGUUAGAAGGACUCGUUCUGCGAACCUGCACAACAUGUCCGAGAGGAAACGAAGGGGCCGAUUCAGGGAGAAGAUCGAGACGCUUCAGCAACUCAUACCCAACUGCAACAAGGCCGACAGAGCUUCGGUGCUAGACGAUGCCGUUAAAUACCUUAAAAGAUUGAAGCUCCAAGUCGAAAUGCUAGCGAUGGGCGGCGUGGGAGGAGCUUCGACCCUCAAUCCAUACGUAUCACCGGCGGAAUCGGCGACUGGGAUUGAUAACAUGAAUCAAUGCUUGUUCUUGCAAACUCCGAGGCCAAUCAUGUUCAUGGGACCGUCGUACGGCUUCAGCAAUACCAUGACCGGGCUUCCAGUCAUGCCAUUCCAUCACUCGCCAGCGGUUCACGCUUCUCCUUCGCCGGGCAAAGCUGUGUCGUUCCCAAUUUUCAACCCGAGACCCCAGCAGUUGUCCCCAGCAGCUUCGAGCGCCAUUGACGCCAGUUUCUUUCCUCGGUUCAACUAUUCGGCACCGGACAAAGGGGAAUCUAGCCAUUGGAACUCGAAUCCAACACCGUCAACCACCGGCCCCCAAGUAUUGCCCAUGUCGAGCCAGGCGCACGAUGCUCUCGAUGCAAGUCCUGGUACGCUGGACCAUACUGCCUUCUUCGGCGAGAGACAACGUUGAUGUAAUAGUCGAAUACUCCCAAUUUUGGACAGGCGAAAAACUGAAUUAAGUGACAGGAUAAUGGCCUGGUGAUGAUGUCAACAUCUGAAAGAGAGAAAUUUGUUAACAAGGGAGAAUAGUUUCCAAGAUUGGGGGCGAGGAAAGAGCUGGGUUUGUUCCAGCUCAUGCCCUCGUUUUGUCCUUUUUUGUUCUUCCUCGUGCCAUUGUCCUAGUUCACUAAAGUUAGCCCGCCAAAUGGAUGAGUUGGAUCGAGUUU